CCGGCCUUCACAGGUGCUACUCGCUAACAGCACUUGCCCCUACAGUCUGUUAAGGCUACACGGGGGAUCUUUGUGUAGUCUAUGUGCACAGGAUGUUCAUAAUCAUGCCGUGUACCUGUACGCAACUGACUGUCAAUGAUAUUUAAAUAAUCGUGUGUAUGAAAGUGCAACAUGUAAUAUGCAAACCAUAUACUGAAAUGCGAAUUUGUAUUUAUACACUGUACACAACAUAAUAUAUAUGCAAGUACUGUAUUAACAUUUUGUAUUGUUACUGAGCGAAAGGGUAUAUUUGCGCCUUUAGACCGUGUUAAGGUCUAAAGAGUAAGGGCCUUACUGGUAGUGGGUAGGGUAAUUGUGAGAUAAUAUAGUUGGACAUGAUCAGAUCACGUCUUGUGUUUCACCUGUAUCCGUGAACAGGAUAUUUUCUGGCAGGAGAUGCAGCAUAAGCACAUUGGUUGUGGUAAACAUGUAAAGUCACGUCUCGCGUGGAAAUGUUCCCUUGGUCACGUACACAAAGAUGAUACUGAUAAUACGGGUGCAAGUAUCGCAGUGGCAGUAGUUGCAAGAUCUUGUUCUUGGUCCUCUAACUGUGAAGAGAGCAAUGCUAACCAAACCCUGUGCAGUUUAAGCGGAAGGGACGUGUAUGGGUUCGUUUGAGAAUGUCACAACAUUGUCCUGUAAGGUAAAGAAGUUGGCGAUUGGUUCGUGGAUGGCAGUUGACACUGGAUGGCACGUGAGGGUAAAGCAGUGAAGAGUGCCUGGUUCCGUCUGCUUGGCUGCCAGGCAUCAGCGGGUCAGGAUGGACAAGCUGGCGGCCAGCCUGGUCGGGGGUUCUGGGGGCGGCACAGGAGGUGGUGCAGCUCCGAUGAACCGGCGCCAGCUGCAGGAGCUGGUCGACAACCAACGGGGGCAGCUGGAGCGCUACCAGACACGGCUGCGCGAUGUGGUGCGUGCCUACCGCGGCCUGGCGAAGGAGAAGGAGGCGCUGGAGGCAUCGCUCACAGCGCUCAGCGCUUCCCAGCGCGCUCGCCAGCGCUCCCAAGCGCCCUCGGUUCCCUUCAACGCGGGCAGCGAGGACGGGCUGUCGGUGCGGAGCGACGGGAGCACCGAGACGGGUGACAGUGGGGACACGGGGGCGAGCUGCGGUACGGACGGCAGCACCACGGGUCUGGGAGAAGCCUCCUGUGUGGGUGGAGCUUCAUCCUCGGCAGGGGGCGGAGCCUCGGAAUCCGGCACGUCCGUGGACAGAGGUGGCGAAAGGACCAAUGGAAAGGAAGAGUCUGUGGGCUCUGGGAAUGAAGAAAAUGAUGAUACUCGUGCUGGCGAGUUAGAGCAGUCACAUCUGACCACUCUGACAUCCGCACUGGCCACGGUCACACAGGAGAAGUCUCGCAUGGAGGCCGCCUACCAGGCUGAGAAGAGACGCUUGCGCCAGGAGAUGGAAGAUGCGAGCGGGCGGGCGGAGGAGGAGCGUGCGCGGCAGGCGAACGAGGCGCGGAGGCUCGCCGAGCAGCUUGCCGAGGCUCGCGCCCGCGUGCUGGCUCAGCAGCAGGAGAGGGAGCAGGAGCAGGCUGACCAUGGUGCCAUGCUACGCGAGCUGCAGAGGCUUCUGGCGGAGGAGCGUGCCCGCUCCAACAGCACGGAGGCUGCCCUUGAAGAGGCCAAGUCCGCACAGGCGAGCGUGGGCUCGGAGGAGAUGGCGUCGCACCGAGCCACUCUCUCACGGCUCGAGCGGGAGCUGGAGGCAACGCGGGCGCAGCUCGCGCAGUCUGAGGAGCAGCUGAGACGCGCCGUGUCCACCGAGGAGCGGGCGCGCAAACAGGCGGGAGAGGAGGCCGCCCGCUUGGGAGCGCAGCUGCAACUGCAAGCGACUCAGGCGCUGGAGGCCGAGGCCGCGCUGCGGGCGCGUGCCGAGUGCAGCGAGGAGCGCGCCGCGGGGCUGGAGGAGCGGAUCGGCGAGAUCUCGGCGGCGCUGGGCGCGACGGCGCGCGAGCGCCAGCGCGACCAGGAGACGGCCGCCCGCCUGCGUGACUCCGUCUCCCGCCUGGCGCAGCAGAACGCUGCCCUCGCUGCCGCGCUCGCCAGCACUAGCGGCAGCGCGUCGCUCCGCGAUGCCGAGGCCGCGUGUGGAGGGAAGGCGGAGGAGCCUGCAGCGUCGUCCACUGGAGGUUUUGUGGACAUUUCGUCGACUGAUGCCGAUGGAUCGUUGCUCGGUUCAGGGCUGGCGUUGAAAGCUGUUGGCCACGGAGGGGCACAAUCCGCGCGGCACCCGGACGUCGCCUCACUGGAGCAGGAGCUCGCCAGGGUGCAGGCCCUCCUCGCGUCGGCACGCGGCCACGACCGCGCCACCAACACUGCCAUGAAAAGGAUCGGCGUCGACGGCGAUGACUGCGGCGGCGGCGGCGGCAGCGCCGACGACGAUGACGCCAACAACGACGCCGACGACGCCAUGCAGCACCCGCUCACCGACUGCGAGAAGGCGUCCGUGCUGGGCCUCCAGGAGGCGGCGCGGAGGUUGCGGGGCACCUCGACGCGCGGCUGGGGCCGCCCUCUCAGUGACAAGGGCGAGAUGGCCGAGCUGGGGCGGCAGCUGGCGGAGCUGAGCGAGCGGAACGCCGCCCUGCGCUCUCACUGCCAGGAGCUGGUGGGGCGGCAUCGGCGGGAGUUGGAUGAGCUGCGCGCGGACGGCGCUCGCGAGCGCCAGCGCGGGCAGCGCGAGCGCGACCUCGCCGAGGCGGCGUUCCGCGAGCGAGUGCUCGCGCUGGAGAGCGAGAUGCACCGGCAGCGUGACCGCUCGCUCGCCCUGCUGGCGGAGCGCGAGCACGAGAUCCGAGCGCUCCGGGCCGCGGCGCAGGCCGCGGGGAGCCGUGCCGAACCCCACGUGACGGCGUCAAACCGCGGGCCGGUGGAGGGCGGUGUUCACGGGCAGGAGGUGUCAGCGGCAGGGUUCUCGCACGAAGCUUUGGAGCUACCGGCCCACAGCCAGGCCAUGCUGCUGCACUACGCAGAGCAGCUGUCCCGGCGGGAGGUGGAGAUGGCCGCGCUGCGUCGAGAGAAGAGAGACCUGGAAAGGAGUGUGAGGGCUCUCAGGGAGGAGAUAGCUACGGCUGAAGAGAAGCACCAACAGGAGGUGCAGAGCCUGCGCGCCAUGCUGGACGAGCGGGCGCGCGAGCGUGGCCGCGACGGUGCUAGCCUCGAGUACCUGAAGAACGUGGUCUACCGCUACCUGACGCUGGGCGACGCGCGCGGGAGGCAGCAUGCGCUCAACGCCAUCGCCGCUGUGCUGCACUUCAGCCCCGUGGAGCGGCAGGCGGUCGCGCUCAAGCACUCGUAGCGCUCGUAAGCGCUCGCGUUGCAUCUCGACGUGCGCGCGUGAUUGCUCGCGCUUUCACCUAGCAACAACAACAAACAAGGUGUGGUCUUCCGCGCGUGACUGCUUGCACGUUCACAUUGCAGCAGCAGCAGCAGCAGCAACGACGACGACAGACCAAGAGUGGGUGAAUGCACGUGUUCACAUAGUAGCAACGACAACAGUAAAUCAAGUAUGGUCUUCCGCGUGUGAAUGCACACGUGUUCACAGAUCAACAACGACAACAAACCAAGUAUGGUCUUCUGCACGUGAAUGCACACGUGUUCACAUCGCUGAAACAAUAACAACAACAACAAACCAAGUGUGGUGUUGUGAUUCAGGCCACGUGUUGAGCAUCUCUUCUCUCAAGAUUUCGCCAGGCCCUACAGUCGACGUCUUUAGGAGUUGAGGAUGUGCAAGUACAUGUCGCACACUGCUCUGGGUACCUUCUGAAAUUCUUCUCGCAAGCUUUCGCCACACACCACUGCGGCUAUCUUCAGGAGCUGACGGUGCGCAAGUACAUGCCGCACUCUACCGCGGGCAUCUUUCAGAAAUGCUCUCAAGCCUUUGCCACGCACCGCUACGAGCACCUCUAGCAUUUCUUCUCUCAAGCUUUCGUCCCGCCCUCCUGCGGGCAACUUCCGGAGUUUCUCUUCAGGAGUUGACGAUGCCCAUAAUUGUGCAUGGAAAAAGCAUGAGAGAACAUUUUCUAACUCAUGGCCUAACCCGGAAGACUACGUUUGGAUAACGAGUGUCUGCGGAAACCAACGUGCUAAACAAAUGAGCGCUAUUCACCACUAAGUGAAGGUGACCUGACCACAGCUCUUGUGCUAGGUGCAUGCGGUGGCACUGUGAGGCCAUCACGUGAAGUGUCGAUGGCUCACUGUCAAAAGGUCACAGGACAGACACGUGUUAUGCAUGCACACAAACAUAGAUGAAGAUCCCCCGUAUAGCCUUAACAGACUUUUGGGACAAGUAAUGUUA